CCUAGGAACAUGGCUGCUUCACCAGAAAUUGUCGACGUUGUCAUCAUUGGAGGAGGAAUGUCAGGCCUUUCUGCAGCCUACGAAUUGCUGAAGAAACGCCCACAAAUAAAGCUUGUAGUUCUCGAAGCUAAAGACAGAGUUGGUGGAAGACUUGACAGUGUGGAACUUAAAACUGUGAAAGGAACAGACAGAUGGGAUGUUGGAGGACAAUGGGUAUGUAGGAAUCAAAAGACUCUUAUGAGUCUACUUGAGGAAUUGGACAUUGAAGUGUAUAAUCAAUUGUACAGUGGAAGCAAAGUGUGGCACAGCAAUAAUAAUGUCAUUACCAAGUAUUCCGGUGAGAUUCCACCAGUGUCUUAUAUUGCAGUUCUUGACCUGUUGUGGUCCAUCUAUAAGGUUGAGAGGUUGUGCAAAGAAGUUCCUAUUGAUGAUCCUAGUAAGUGUCCUUGCGCUGAAGAAUGGGAUGGAAUGACUUUAGAGACAUGGAAACAUCAGACACUAUGGACAAAUGCGGCAAAAGAGUUAUUUGACAUAGUGAUAGGCAUCAUGUUUGGAGUGACACCAUCUCAGAUGUCCUUCCUGUAUUUUCUGCAUUACCUGAACUGUUCAGGGGGGUGGUCUAUUAUGACAGAUCCAAGUGUGAAGGGCCAUGCACAGGAAUGGAAAAUUAAGGGAACUGCUCAUAGUGUAACUGAAGUACUUGCUGGCAGACUGGGAAAGGGCAGAGUUCUUUUAAAUCAGCCAGUCACAUCAAUAAAACAGGAAGAUGACCAUGUGAUAGUAACCAGCCAUGGUAGCCGGUCUUAUAAAGCCAAGUUUGUAAUUCUUGCUGUUCCACCUCAUUUGAUAGGUCAGAUCAAAUUUAGUCCACCCCUUCCAUACAACAAGCAGCGUCUUAUUCAAAACAUGCCUCCAUCACAUUUGAUGAAGUUUGUGGCAACAUACUCGACAGCCUUCUGGAGGAAGGCAGGGUUAUCAGGAGACAUGGCCAGAAACACAACUAAAGGUUUUUGUGAGAGUAAUCCUAUUGCAGUAACAUUUGAUGCCACAUCAUCUGAUGGAAACCCUGCAAUUGUUGGAUUUAUAACUUCAUAUGCAGCAGCUCAGUGGAGCACAGUAAUGGAUAAAAAUAAAAGAGAAGCAAUCCUUAAGGCUUUGAAAUUGUAUUUUGGUGAAGAAGCAGAGAAGCCUAUUGAUUUUACAAUAAAGGACUGGUCAAAAGAGGCAUGGAAUGGUGGAUGUCCAGUGAAUGUGAUGGUCCCUGGAGCAAUGACAAAUUAUGGAGACUGUUUACGUGAGCCAUUUCUUAGAGUUCACUGGGCAGGAACUGAGACAGCCACCGAAUGGCGUGGUUUCAUGAAUGGAGCAGUACAAGCAGGUCAAAGGGCUGCAAAUGAAGUCUUGGAUGGCUUAGCUUGUGCACCAGUCAAACAUUCUGAGUGACUAAGCUGGGUGUUGUUGGCAAAAUAUACAUGUAUAUUAAUACAGGCAACGUUCAUAUAGAAUAAUUUUUCAUAUUUGGAGAAUAUGGAUGCAUAAAUGAUAGUUUUUCAAUAGACUAAUAUUCAAAUGGUUAAUUUGAUCUUUACCACAGAAGGUAUAGUCUAGAACAAAACAAAAUAACACAAAACAAGAACUAAAACAAAGAAACAAAAUAAAACAAAAAAAAAAGGAUUCAAUGAUGCAGUGGUGGUGUAGCUAGAUGUAGCAAACCUCCAAAAUCUGAAUCAGUUUAUGUUUAUGUUUAUUUGAUAACAUAAAAAGGAAAAUUACAAUUGAUGUAGAUGGUAUGCUAAGUCUUGAGAAAUAUAGAGCAAUGAUUUUUUUGCGAGGGUAAAGGAACAGGGUUAAAACUGACCAGCUUCUAAUUUCUCCAUACAGCAAUACUGCUACAUCAUUCUUUAAAAUCAUGAGAAUAACAAAAGAUUGUCAAUCUAAGAAGCUUUGAUUGUUACACAAAUUCUCCUUAUCAGUACUGAAGGAAAUGUAUAGAGAAUGGUAUGGAAAAUAUAAUGGAUACUAAUUUCAAGGUAUAAAGGGU